CCCAGGACCCGCUUGCUGAUCAGUGUGACUGCCUGGCCAGACCACCCCCUCCCCACACACACCGCCCCUAAUGCCGGCUCUCCAACCAGUCCACAGUUAUAAAACUCUCAGGAGGCACUUUGCCGUUUUGCAGUACACAUGCUCGUUCCCUGCUCUCUUUGAUAGGGCACUUUCAAUUCUCACUGCCUCGACCACACAGAAGAGAUGGAUGUGGAUGAGGAAAUCAGCUCCCUGAUCAACAAGGUGGAAUUAAAGGAGAGUUUGGAGAGAGAACAGCAGAGGCCAAAGUGUGGCAAUGUGGCAAUUAGUGACAUGAAUGCAGUAGAUCUGGAAAAGGAGAAAUACAGGGAGCCAGCUAAAAGCAGCAGAUUCCUGACAGUGAAGGGUGAAGAAAGAGUGAGAAAGACUUCGAGGGACCUACGUCAAGAAAUAAUCGAUAUCGGAGGAAUCGAAAAUUUAAUUCAGCUUCGAAAGAGAAGGAAGAACAAAAAGAAAACUCCCCCUCGAGAACCAGAGAAGGAGCCAGAGGAAAUUACUGGUCCAGUUGAGGUCCCAGUGUUUCUGAGUGCUGCUGUGCAGGGAAAAAUUAAGAUCAUCGAGAAAUACCUGAAGGAUGGAGGCUGUCCAGAUGCAUGUGACGAGUUUAAGCGCACUGCCCUGCACAGAGCUUCUCUAGAAGGUCACACUGACAUUGUAACCGAACUUCUCGAAGCGGGAGCAACUGUGGACUUCAAAGAUAGGCUCGACUGCACUGCUGUUCAUUGGGCCUGCCGAGGAGGGAGACUGGAGGUGCUUAAGAUCCUCCUGGGAAAAGGAGCUACUGUGAACGUCAAUGACAAGCUGCUCAGUACACCUUUGCACGUUGCUACCAGAACAGGACAUGUGGAAUGUGUGGAGCAUCUCAUCACUUGUGGCACUGAUAUCAACAUUAAAGACCGGGAGGGGGACACAGCGUUACAUGAUGCUGUCAGACUCAACCGGUACAAGAUCACAAAGCUGCUCAUUUUGCAAGGGGCUGACUUGAGAGCCAGAAAUGAGCAGGGCAAGACUCCAAUCGACCUGGUACAGCAAUGGCAUCUCGAGACUAAAGAUGCACUGGUCCACGCACACUAGCAGCUAACCAUCACAGUUCAAAACAGGAUGAACCUUCAAGACUGGAAAUAAUUUUUGGAACUGUUGUGCCUACACUUGGGUCAUGUUUUAUCUUCUGCUUUCACAAAUGCUCGUUGGUGGUUUGAUACCACACUAUGAGUUUGGAUUCGAGACAGACUGAUCAAGGAGAAGGCAAAUUCAGGAACUGUCCUCAGGCUUAGAUUUCAAAGUAACACUAUUUAUUAUUCCUUUCACUCAACAUAUUGUUAUACAUGUAAUCAUAGAUA